CUGAGAGAACGCGCCAUGACCUUCAUCUUCACUGCUCUGCUCUAUCUGGGGCUGAAUCUGGGCCAAGAGACCUCAGUGUUGGCAGGAAAUCCCUCCAAACCCACCCUCAGUGUUCAGUCAGGACCAGUGGUUGCCAGAGGGAAGCAGGUAACCAUUUCAUGUAAGGUGACCACAGGGGCCCGUGAAUACCGUCUUUACAAAGAGGGGGGUCCACUUCCCUGGCGCACACAGAACAAACUGGAGGCCACAAACGAGGCUGAGUUUUUGAUCCCAUCAAUGGAACAACAAUAUGGAGGAAGGUAUCGAUGUUACUAUAAGACCCCUGCUGGGUGGUCAGAGCACAGUGACCCUCUGGAGCUUGUAGUGACAGGGCUCUAUAGUAAACCCAGCCUCUCUGUCCAGCCCAGUGCUGUGGUGACCUCAGGAGAAACUGUUACCCUUCAGUGUGGCUCACAGCUGAGAUUUAGCAGGUUUGUCCUGACUAAGGAAGGAGACCAGAAGCCCUCCUUGAUCCUGGACUCGAUGCUUAUAAACUCUACUGGGCAAUUCCAGGGCUUGUUUCUUGUGGGCCCUGUGACCCCCAGCCAGAGGUGGAUAUUCAGAUGUUACGGCUAUUAUGUCAUCAGUCCCCAGGUGUGGUCGGAACCCAGUGAUCCCUUGGAAAUAUAUGUCUCAGAUGCAAGUCAGCCCCUCUGGCUAUCAACAAACAUGUCAGAUCCCCAGACAGUCUCAAAGCCCCAGGAUUACACAAAGGAGAAUCUCAUCAGGAUGGGGGUAUCUGUCUUGGUCCUUGUACUCCUUGGCAUUCUGCUUUUUGAAGCUCAGCACAGCCAAAGACAGACCCAACACGCAGCCUGGAGAGAAAGUGACGCUUCUGUCAUGGUAGCAGAGACCUUGGAAUAA